AGUUGUGUGGAAAAGAAAUGUCUGGUGGAGUGUUUAGGAUGAAAGAACAUAUUGGUCAUCAAAGAGGGAAUGUGGCUGCUUGUCCAUUGUCAACAAAAGAGGAUCAAGCUAAGUUAUGAAUGCACUUAAAGAAGCAAAACACAAGAAAACGAGAAAGAGACAGCAUGAUGAAGAGCUUAGAUCAGAGGUGAAUAUAAAUAAACCGCAUUUGGAUGAUGAACUGCAAGAAGAACAUGGAACUCAAACAGCUCCUCACUUCCAAGGUCCCAUGGAUAAGUUCGCGAACCACAUUAACCCUGAAGCUUCCUUAGCUGCACGGACACGACAACAGAAUAUACAUGAUGCAAUUUCUAAAGAGAAGACACAUGUUGUUCGCCAAUACUCUGCUAGGUGGAUGUACGAGUCAAGUAUUCCCUUCAAUGCGAUUGAUAAUGAAAGUUUCAGAUUAUUUUGUGAAGCAUUGGGACAAUUUGGACCUGGUUGGGUUCCUCCUACUCAAUACCAGCUGAGAGAACCAUUGUUAAAUGAAGAGCAAGAAAGAACAAAGAAAAAGUUGAAGAGUCUAGAAGUAGAAUGGGAAGAACAAGGCUGCUCCGUGAUGACAGAUGCAUGGACUGACAUGAAAAGGAGAAGCAUAAUGAAUUUGUGUGUCUAUUCAAGAGGAGGUACAUGUUUUCUUUCUUCAAAGGACACUUCUAAAGACUCUCACACUGGUGAAUUUAUCUUCAAGUACAUAGAGAAGUGCAUUGGAGAUAUUGGGGCUAAAAAGGUUGUUCAAGUAGUGACUGAUAAUGCUACAAACAACGUAGCAGCUGGAAGGAUGCUUAAAGAGAUGAGACCGAAUAUAUUUUGGACAGGUUGCGCUGCUCACACCAUCGAUUUGAUGCUUGAGGGAGUUUCUAAGUUGCCUUGGUUUGCAAAAGUGAUCAGUCAAGCUAAAGCUCUCACUGUCUUUGUAUAUGCUCAUCACAAAACAUUAUUCAUGAUGAGAGCACAUACAAAGAAGAGGGAUAUUGUUAGACCAGGAGCAACACGAUUCGCUACAUGCUUCUUGACUCUACAAAGUUUACACGAGAAGAAAUCACAAUUGAUGUCCAUGUUCGGCAGUGAUGAGUGGCAUGAAUGCAAGCAUUCUAAGUGUGCAAAAGGAAAACAAGCAUCUGAUACAGUUAUGAGCUUUGCAUUUUGGAGUAGUGUUUUUAUGGUUUUAAAAGUGUUCAGCCCUAUGGUGAAGGUUCUAAGACUAGCAGAUGGGGAAAAGAAACCUUCUAUGGGGUUCAUUUAUGGAGAGAUCUUAGAAGCUAAAAAGUCUAUCAAAGAAGCAUCUAAUCAUUUGGAAAAGAAUUACAAACCUAUCUUUCAGAUUAUGGAUGAGAAAAUGAAAGGUAGGUUGGAUUCUCCUUUGCAUCUUGCUGCUUACUUCCUAAAUCCAUUCUACUUCUACAAAGAUCCUAAUAUUCAAUAUGAUAUGGGGAUCAUAGAGGGAUUUAUUGCUUGUGUUGAAUUUUUUUAUUAUGGUGACUUUGAGAAGCAAAAUAAAGUAGUGAAUGAUGAGAUUAAUCUCUAUAAGAACAAAUGUGGCUCUUUUGGAAAAAAACUUAGCAUUAAAAGGAUGUGAACAAAAUGAUGAAACAUUUGAUCCAGGUUUGUAUUCUCACUUGAAUUUAAUUGUUUU